AUGAAAGUGACCACGAAAGGGCUUGCUUUUGCUCUUGCACUGUUGUUUUGUACACGCUGCGCAACUGCACGAUACAUGUCGUUUGAGGAAGCGCAAAAAGCAAGUGAAGCAGCGAAGCGCCAGAUUGCCACACUCCCCUCUCCAGAUUCUACUCUUUCGAAUCCAGGUAGCAAGCAUAGAAACCGGGGAGGGUCUCCUGCGGCAGGGCAACCUUCUCAAUCCACACUACAACCUGAACAAGCGGCGGCUGAAGUAGGUCUCGGUGCUGGUGGCUCGACUCAGGGGCAGGGACGCACCGGUGGCAGCGCGGGUGCUAGAGAGGAGCGGAGGAGUCCUUCCCCCCAAUCUGCUUAUCCGGCGACUAGCUCAGCCUCGCUAAGGGGCUACCAAACCCAGCUUUCACCCUCGCAUCUUCCACCACGCAGCAGCGGACCGGGAGGAUGGUUUCCAACAGAGUCAAUAUUUACGCCAUGGAGUUCUCCGCCGCAACCAUUGACACAACGAAAGCCAUCUCUAUCUGGGGUGGUCGUUACCGAAUUUCAAGAGCCACAAGAACAGUAUGGCGCAGCGAGCAGUCUUGCGUCCUCGCCAAAGCGAUACGUCAGUGGCGCAAGCUCGAGUGCAUUGUCAGGAAAGGCGGUGCCAACGCCUGCGUCGCUUGGUCAAGAAAAUCCUCUUUUCCCUGUUCAGAGCGCUACAUUGGAUUCAGGAAUACAGUCUCCGGCACAAGAGCGUCGGGGAUCCCCUCAAAGACAGAUUGCGAUGUCGACCGAAAAUCCAGCGGAUAGCGGCGCCUCGCAGCUUGCCUCCAGUGUUUCUAGUUAUGUAGCAGUACAAACUCCUCAUGUGAAACGUUCAGAACGCAUCCGGCGCGUUCGACUUUCAGAAGAGGGUCUGGAAGAAGUUCAGCAGCUGAAAGCAGCUGCCGCACAGCUUCUCGUAGCGGUUCCGGACUAUGAGGCAAUGCGGGCUGUUCUGCAAGAGGCGGUCCUCUCAGAACAGAGGGUUGCUACCCGUAAGCGGAAGAGAAAGCAACCUCCAGGAGCGGUGGAGUCAGCUGUUGACGAAGUGUUCCCUCCAAAUGAGCGUGUCAUGAUGAUAAAUGCCAACGGAGUGCCGAUCGCUCUAUACAAUCGUGGGCACCUCGGCAGUGGACAUUUCGGGGCUGUCAUCAAGGCCAGCUUAGACGAUGGGACGUUGUAUGCAGCGAAGGUGCCGUACAGCCAGAUCGUCCCGAAUGCUGAUGCCACGUCAGCAGAACUGGAGGCGGAAAUUUCCUCAGCUAGGGCGGAGUUGGUAAAGACAAUUCGACAGGAGUUGGAUGUUCGGGAUAAGCUGGUGGCUAAAGGGCUCACACUUACAGAGACUGCGGAGCAAUACGGUCUACCAUUGUGCCAAAUGACUUUAACGCUUCCUGAGAACAAAGCAACCGUGGUACGUCGAGGUUCUCGACUCGUUGUCGUGUCUAAAGAAGUCAUGCUGCUGCCAUUAAUUGAUGGCUCCCCAUCGAACAGUCUAGUCCAGUCGCAACCACCAUUUCUCUUCCAGCGAGCUGUGGCAAGGGAAGCAAUUAUUGCAUUGGCCAAGCUUCACGAACUUGGAUUCGCGCAUGGAGAUGUUAAAUUGAACAACAUGAUGAUCGAUGUCCACGGCUUUGGGCAUAUGCUUGACAUGGGCAGUGUGCGGCCUGUUGACAGCUGUGUAAGCGAGGAAGAUAAAUAUUACCUGCGUUUGUGGGCUCCUGAACUUGCGAAAUCACAGCACACGUCGCAGCAGACAUGUCUGAAGCGUGGCGCUCUCGAUGUGUGGGCCUUAGGGUUGGCAAUCUUCGAGUUCGUCUGCUUCAACCGACUUCCUUACAGCCUUUCGAAUCUGCCGAGUUCACUCUGGUCGAGAGUUGAACACCUUUCGCGCCUUCGCCUCUCAGAUUUCUCUGCCAAGGAUUGUAACGAAUCUGAUCCAGCAGUGAUGGGAAUUGUUGCUCAAUUUCUAAAUCCAAAUCCUGAAGAGCGCCCUGAACUCCCGAAAUUCGUCAGCAGUUACACCUUCUUUCGGCAAGCCCCUGGAGUUACUUCUCAUCUCACUAGGAUUCCAACUACCGAACUUUCUUCACAUCGGAUGUAGGGUGUAAGGUUCCCACCUUAACACCAUUUUUUUGUGCGCGUAUAUGGUUUUCAGCAUGUUCAUGAAACGGUCUAUCAACCGAUCUCGAAGGCGACGCACGGAUGAAAAUCAAAGAAGGCACGGUUUCAUCCGCAACUAAGAAGGCCUCCGAUUUUGAGUACGAAGCCUUGGUCGCUGUGCCACGUUUCGGCGGGAAAGGGUUAUUUUGAUAUUGUGCUACCUUUCUAGUCCGGUACAGUUCUUGAAUUCGUGUGUGAAGAGGUUGUGUUUCCUUCCUCUUCUUAUGGAACUGGUUGAGAGGCUAGGGGUAGCAAGAUGCUUGGGCCGAGGAUGUUACCGCUUUUGAGUUAUCCCUGAGUAGGAAGCUAGGUCCCGUUGACAUAUCGCAACGAAACGGCCACGCUUUCUUCGUCCUUCUAUUGCCAAACGGUUGAAAGGUUACUGCAUGCGGUCGCGUGUAUUAUGCGUUUGGAAAAUGUACGGCGCAUGUUCCUGUCACGAUUACAGUACAUUGACAUCUUAUGUAAGGUGAAUUUCACCAUCUGGUACGGUGGCCCUCAAAUAGACUCCAUAAUUGUACAGCACUUGACUAUGCGCCCAUGAAUUGUUUUGGGACUUGGAAUCUUUGUUGAAUCAAUGCCGUUAGUUGACGUGGAACGUCUAGAAGUUGACGACGACCAACGCCAAGAAGCGGACAAUUGUACUUGCGCCUAUACGGCGUAAGAGACUCCGAAAAGGUGUGGAAAGUUGCCAGUAUAUAUUUGUAGUGUCCGCUAAAUGAAUUCAUAUGAAGCACAAGGUGAAGUGUAAGUUGGUCCCGAUACCUGCGGGCGGCCCUUAUAAAAAUUGACGCACACCUUAAGAGACAUGGGAAACAGCUCGUGUUCAUU